GUUCUAAUGUGGAACCUUUAUAAUUUAUGCCUGUUACUAAGGGUUCAUCAUCUGUUCAGCAAAUUAAUCCUGAAUUUCAAAGUGGCGUAAGGCUUAAAAUACAUUUUCUUCAUCAGUCUACUACCCGUGAGAUGCAGUACAAAUAUAGUCUUCAGACGUUUAAAAAAGGAGACCUAUCUAUUGAUUCGUACAUAGAAAAGAUACAUGAAUUUGCUGAUUGCCUUCAUUCUAUCGGCCGUGGUGUGGAUGACCCUAAAUUGAGUUGUGGACUAUGCUCAUUACCCACGAGGUGCACUCUGCCUACAAGUGAUGUGGCCUCUGCUCCUCUGCCUACCGCCUUGUUAGCUGGUUCAUCUUCUGAUAUUACUUAAUCUUCUCAUGUUGGUCCAUCUUCAGGCCGUGGUAACUUUGGUCAUUCUAGAAACUAUCGUACGCAAUCUGGUCGUGGUUGUGGCUCUGGUCGACGAGGACGUGGUUAUCCUUUUCAAUAGUCUUAUGGAGGUCACUAUUAGCAUAAUGUUCGGCAGCAGUCCACAAUUCCUUAUGGAUAUGAUAAGGGUGUUCUUGGUGUUUCCCCUAUUCAGCUACCUCCAUUUGCCAUGCCAAACCCGACUACUCCCAUGAUUACUUGUCGGAUUUGUAGUAUGACUGGCCAUACAACUAUCUCUUGCCCACAUCGUCAUAAUUAUUCAUUUGCUCCCACCACAACGCAAGCACACUUGGUAGCCUUAUCUCUCAAUUCCCCGACUGAUAGGAAUUGAUAUUUGGAUUCGGGAGAGACCUCACACAUGUCUUUUGUCCUAGGUAAUAUUUCUUCUUCUGCUUUCAAUAAUUCUAUACUUGUUGGCAAUGGUAAAUCAGUUCCUAUUCAUUCUAAUUGCUCUUCCUCCUUUUCCACUUCUUCGCAUACUUUUUUCUUACCCUCUGUCUUAUGUGUUCCACUUCUUCGUAAAAAGUUACUUUUUGUUCGUCAAUUUACCAAAGAUAAUAUUUGCUCAAUUGAAUUUUUUCCUUAGGGUUUUGUUGUGAAGGAUUUGCAGACAGGAAAAAUCCUCCACAAAUGCCACAGUGACGGGCCUCUCUAUCAAUUUUUUUAACUUGCUUCCUGCUCGUCCUCCUCUUCAUCAGAAGCCCUCACUGUCUCCUUUGUUCCUGCAUCAGUUUGGCAUGCUCGUCUUGGCCAUCUACGAUCUAAAAUCAUGUCAUCACUUAGGUCUACGAAUUUUAUUUCUUUUAGUAAUACAGACCUUGGGUCGUUCUUUUAUAAUUCUUGUUUGACUUCUAAGCAUUUUACUUUACCAUUUUCUAUUAGUACUUCUUCUUCAACUCAUGUGUUAGAGUUGAUUCAUUCUAAUGUAUGGAUGUCACCUGUUCCCUCUAUUACUGGAUUUCGAUAUUAUGUUAUUUUUAUUGAGACCUUUUCCAAGUAUUUGUGGCUUUAUCCAUUGCGGAAUAAAAUUGAAGUUUUUCAUUGCUUUUCUGCAUUUAAAGCUCUUGUGGAAAAGCAAUUUUCUGCUUCUAUCAAUAGUUUUUGUUCUGAUGGUGGGGGUGAAUUCACUAGUGCACAAUUCUUGACAUUUCUUUCUAAUAAUGGUAUUAUUUUUCAGCACUCUUGCCCUCACACACCACAACAAAAUGGUGUAGUUGAGCGCAAGCAUUCUUAUCUUGCUGAUAUGGCUCGUACUCUCCUUUAUCAUGCCAAAGCCCCGUUAAAUCUUUGGGUUGAGUUUUUUCAAACAGCCACAUACUUGAUAAAUCGACUACCGACUCUCUUACUCAAUUAUUCCUCUUCAUUUUGUCUUCUUUUUGCGAUUGAUCCCGACUACUCUAUUUUACGUACAUUUGGUUGCUUCUGUUACCCCAAUUUACGCCCUUAUCGAAUUCACAAACUAGAUAAUCCCUCAUCUCCUUGUAUCUUUAUUGGCUAUAGUUCCAAUUACAAAGGAUAUCAAUGUCUCCAUCUUGAUAUUCAACGUGUUUAUACAAGUCGAUCUGUUCGCUUUGUCGAACAUUUCUUUCCCUAUGCCAUUCCGCAUCUUCUUCCUUCUUUCCUUAAUUUUUUCUUCCUCUACUUUCCAUACAUCAUUGCCUCAGCCCUCCCGCGUUUUAUCACCUACUACAGUACACUCUAAUUCUCCCUCUUAUGAUGUUCUUGCUCCUCCUACAUCUCAAGUUUUGCUUGACCAUUCUUCUAUUACUCCUCAGAGUUCUUCCCAUUGCCUCCGUCUAGUUCCACACCAUCUAUACCUAUAUCUCCUGAUCAUUCUACAUCAAUUCCUUAUGUGCCUUCUACUUCACCAUUUCCACCUCCUUCUCAUCAUAUGGUUACCAGGUCAAAAGUUGGUGUUGUCAAACCCAAUAAGAAGUAUGCUUUACUUGCUCAGUCUCUAUUUGAAUUACCUGUUGAGCCAUCGUGUUAUAGUUCUGUGGUUAAGGAUCCUCGUUGGCGUGUUGCUAUGGCUGAUGAGUUUAAUACUUUUCUAGCUAAUCAUACAUUUUCUCUUGUCCCCCGCCCUCCAAAUAUCAAUGUAGUUGGAUGUAAAUGGGUAUAUCGGGUUAAGCAAAAAUUUGAUGGAUCUCUUGAUCGUUGUAAGACACGUUUACUAGCUAAGGGAUAUACAGAGUCUUAUGGUAUGGACUAUGGUAAGACAUUCAGUUUGGUAGUUCGUCCUGCUACUAUUAGACUGGUUCUUUCUAUUGCCUUAUCUCGUGGAUGGCAUAUUCGUCAAUUUGACGUUAAAAAUGCCUUUCUUAAUGUUUUAUUAACUGAGACUGCUUAUAUGGAGCAACCACAGGGCUUUCGGGAUUCUCACUAUCCCCAUCAUGUUUGUAAGCUCCUCGGGCCUGGUUUGCUCGAUUUGGCCACUUUCUUUUCUCUCAUGGAUUUUCUAAUAGUCGAGCAUAUAGCUCCUUAUUUGUUUAUAAAUCUGAAGAAUGAUAUUUAUAUCUUCUCCUUUUUGUGGAUAAUAUUAUCCUUAUAGGGUCAGAUUCUUCAUUGUUAUCAUGGUUUUCUGACAUGCUACAUGCUGACUUUUCUAUUAAUGAUCUUGGAGAUCUUCAUUUUUUUUCUUGGAGUUCGUGUUUCUCGCACUUCUGCAGGUCUUCAUCUUUCUCAGCUAAGUAUGCUCGGGAUAUUCUUGAUAGAACUGGUCGUAUUGGUUGCAAGCCAGUUGCUACUCCAGUAUCUUCUUCUACUUCUUUGGACUCUUCAGUCUCUUCUCCAGUUGACAACUCCCUUUAUCGCAGUUUGGUUGGUACUUUGCAAUAUCUAACAUUAAUGCGACCAGAUAUUUCUUAUGCUAUUAAUAGUGCCAGUCAACAUCUGCAGUCCCCUCAGCCUCAUCAUUUUACAGCAGUCAAACACAUUUUAAGAUAUAUUGUUGGUACAUUGCAUCACGGUCUUUUGAUACGUCCUUCAAAUUCUAUCUCAUUAACUGCUUACUCUGAUGCUGAUUGGGCUGGUUAUCUUGAUACUCGACACUCUACCUUUGGUUCUCUUUUAUUUUUGGUAAUCAUCUAAUCUUUUGGUCUUCUAAGAAGCAACACAUCGUGUCUCGCUCUAGCACAAAGGUCGAAUAUCGUGCCAUCGCACAUACUGUUGCUGAUAUUCUUUGGGUUCAACAGUUAUUGCGUGAUCUUCAUAUUUAUCUUCCGGAUCCUCCUCUUGUUUAUUGUGACAAUAUUAGUCCAUUAUACCUGACUGUGAAUCCUAUCUACCAUUCACAGACAAAAUAUUUAGCUGUUGAUUUCCAUUUUUGUUCGUGAACGGGUUGCUUCUGGUUC